CCGUCGCAAAUAUAACCGCUUGGGCAAGCGAUGAAGCGCGACCCGGCCAAGCGACGCGCGACAGGCGCAGCGACGACCACGCUAACGAAUGCCGCCGCGCUUCAAGACCAUCUCAUGCGGAGCUUGGACUUGCGGUUGCCGCCGCCGCGUCUUCGACGCCCAAAGCCAUCGCCGGCCACGUCCACCGCAGCCAAUACGGUUGUGAAAGCAACUGCGAGUGUCUGCGAUCCGUCGUCCGAGUACCGGCGUGUGUGGGUCUGUGACGAGUGCACGCUGGAGAACCACGAUGACGUGGCACGCUGUACGGCCUGCCGCGCGUUCAAGCCCGUGGCGCGGCGGCCGCGGCUCACGCUCGCACAAAAGAAAGGCCUCAUGCCGGGCCCCCCGCCGCGGCUCAACAACAACCAGUGGGAGGACGUCGAGCAGCAAGCCGAAGCGCGCGGCGACGCGGUGUACCCGUGUUCGAUCUGUCGCGAGCCGUUUGGCGUGUCGCCCAAGGUCCUCUUGAGCUGCUCGCACGUGUUCCACCAAGCUUGCCUCACGAGCUUUGAGCGCUUCUUGCGCACCACCGACCGCGUCUGUCCGCUCUGCCGUAAGCAAAAUUACGAAAAAAAGCCACACGAACCGGCGAAUCGCAGUAUCGCAGCGUCUGCGCGCGUCGGCUUCAGGUGCGACGACGCGUCACCCAAGACACUCUCACAUCUUUGUGACGCACAGGCCCGGAUCCGCGGCUGGCUGGCGCGAAGACGCUACCCGUCGCUCCUCGCCCACUAUUACAAGCAGGGAAAUGGCGACCCACGCCGGCGGUCUCUGUUUUAUGCCUCCAAGGUCUCGGCCAUCAGCAGUCGUAUUGUGCGCGCGAUGAAGGCGCGUGCCGACUCGAUCGAUGCCCUCCUCGCCGAGUUUGACGAGAGCAUGAGCCGGAGUCGCGCCAUCUUCAGCGGCGAGACCAACCAAGAGACAGCCAACGGCAAAGUGGCAAGCCAGUGGACCACGGCGCUUGCCAAGGCCACGGCGCGCAACGAGGCCGAGUGUCCCAUCUGCCUCAACGCCAUGAGUGCCAAGGCCGUGACGCUCUUGAGCUGCUCGCACGUCUUGCACGCCGAGUGCUUGGUCGCGUUCGAAUCGUUCAACAUCUACGAAGUGCACCUGUGCCCCGUGUGUCGCGGGCACUACGAGAGUCGCCGUCUCCACUGCGAUAUGUCGUCGUUCGCAGACUGA